ACCCAAACCCAAGAUAGAAAGCAGAAUGGCACAAAUCCAAGAACAGAUGCCAGCGACAGUGACCUGCUGGGUAUUUUACCACUGCCCCGAUGAGCCAAUUAUGUUGAUUUUCAGCGGCUUGGAGGAGAGUCGUAUGUCUUCCCAAAAAACUACCAAUAGAGAUGGAAAACUCCAGACUGUUCUGAGUUUUACUCCAACUUGGGAGGAUCAUGGGAAAACACUGACAUGCACUCUGAAAAGCCACAAUGGGGCAGAGAUAUCCAGGAGCACCAUGAUAUUGGAUGUGAAAUAUAGUCCCAAAAGAGUUAAGCUGAGCGCUAUGCCUGGAAUCACAGUCCGAGAAGGGGAGAAACUCUCUCUUGCAUGUACAGUCAACAAUAGCAACCCUGGAGUUACAUACCAAUGGUACUGGAAGGAUAUGCGGAAAUAUGAAUGGAUGAGCCCAAUAAAGGAAUUUGAUUCUGUAGGAGAGCAAGAUUCUGGUGUCUAUCGCUGUACAGCUGAAAACACAGUUGGAUCCGGUAGCUCAGAACUGACCAUCAAUGUCCAGUAUCCACCAAAGGAUGUGAAGAUUGACGUGCCACCAGGGAUAAUCAAAGAAGGGGACAACGUGGUAUUGCAGUGCUCUUCCCGAGGGAAUCCUGCCACCAACCGCCAUGGCUGGUAUAAAGAUAGUCAGUCUGGCAUAAUUGGAACUGACAAGGAGCUGCGUUUUGAGGCGAUCCAAUCCAGAGAUUCCAGUACCUAUUACUGCAUAGCCAGCAACACCAUUGGAAAUUCAACAUCCUCAUCCGUCACCCUGGAUGUUCAGUAUGCUCCCAAGAAUGUCCAGCUUAUCCUUAAUAGCCAUCAGCCCAUCACAGAAGGAGACACUGUCCCACUGAACUGCUCUGUGGGCAGCAGUAACCCCAGUCACAAACGGUAUUACUGGUACAAGUCAGGGGAACGUAUAACUCAUACUCAGGAACUGUACACCUUUACUGCACCACCUGAAAAGGUCAGCAUUUACAAAUGUCAAGUUUGCAACGAGAUCAGCUGUACAGCAUCUGCACCCAUCUCUGUGACAACACUCUUUGGUCCCAAGGAUGUGAAAGCUGUGCGAGAACCCCUGGGGCUGAUCAAAGAAGGCAGCUUUGUUAAGCUGAGAUGCGAAGUGAGAGAUGCCAACCCCCAGAAGCUCACCUACAUAUGGUACAAAGAAGGGCAACAGCUGCAGCUGGACUCUACAGUGACCAUCCCAAAAGUGACCCCUGAGCAUUCUGGCAGUUACUAUUGUGCAGCAAGCAACCAAGUAGGCUCAGCAAAGUCCUCACCAGUUUGGCUGAGUGUCCUUUGUGAGUAUGGAAAGGAGAGAGUGCUGGAGAUGGCUGAUGAGGACCCCACCCCAAUGCUGAAUGUAUCUUCCCUGCCUUUCUUCUUGGCAGAUGGGCCUCGCAAUGUCCAUUUACUCCUGAGCACCCAGGAUGCUAUCAUUGAGGGAAUGAGUAUCUCAUUGAGAUGCGAUAAUGAUGCCUCCCCACCAGCUGAUGUUUACACAUGGUACUGGAACAAACAGAGGCUCCAGGAAACUUCCAAGAUACUUCAGCUUAAGAAAAUCCAGGUCGACCAGUCAGGAUCCUAUCACUGCAAAACUUCCAAUAGCAUCUCUGAGCAGGAGUCACCGCCCAUGGGCAUCACUGUGUCCUACAGCAGAGCUACUGUGUUGAAGCGUGCCCUGAUUGGCCUGGGCAGUGUCCUACUUGCGGUUUUCCUCCUGGGGUUGCUGUCGCACUUGGUGCAGAGAUGGAAGAAAACAUUAGACCCCGGCACUGGAAGGGCACGGAGAUCAGGCUCAUUUUUUGUGAAGAAGGCCAAGGGAGAAAAACUGUGUAAUGGUAACAACAGGCUGAGAGAAAAUGGAGCAGAUGGCUCCAUUGGAUUCCUGAACCAGGGUGCAGAAACUUCAAUUUCUUAUGCGGUGCUCAGGUUCCCUCCAAGUUUGUCUGAGGAACGCACUGUUUAUGCCAGUGUCAAAGCACCGCAACCUUUGGAUGAUGCCGUGAUCUACAGUGUGGUAAAGAAACCCCAGCUCCCCACAAAGGGAGACACCAAACCUGACUACGAGAAUGUGGUGAACAAGAGUGAAGAGGAACUGCAUUACUCAUCCUUGGUGAACCUGGGCCCACGGCCUCGCCCCACCUAUGUAGACUCUGAAACAGACUCUGAAUCGGAGGAGAGCAUCCAGUAUGCAUCCUUGAAGCACUGAUCCUCUUGGAACUAGCAGAGAUCAGGAACUACUCCUAGACUCUUUCCCCUCUGUGUUGAGGUGGUGCCAGCGGCUGGGCCUGUAUUAUAGCUUGCUGUUUGCAAUCAAAUGCAGCAGAACUUGAGCGGGUAGCGCAGAUGAUCUGACUGUACCGGGAGACAAGCAAGGCUGAGGUUUAGAUAGAUAUGGUGCAUCACUGCCAGCACAGUGCUCCACCUAUCAACACAUUUCAUUGGUGAUUGAGAUCAGUAUCCCCAAGUCUUGUCUUUCCCAUCGGAUCAUAUGGGAAAGAUCUGCUAUUCCUUCCUUCCUUCCUUCCUUCCUUCCUUCCUUCCUUCCUUCCAACAAGUCAAUUCAUACUUGCAACAUAGAAAACUGCUCUCUGUAUAUUCCAGGUGAUACUAUUCAUUCAUCCAGUCCGGUAUCAUCAAUCUUGGCUAGAAGCAGCUCUGCAGGCUCAGAGGUCUUUCCUAUCAUCUGCUGCCUGAUCCUUUGAACUGGACAUGUCACAGAUCGAACCUCUGUGUGGAUCCUUCCACUCAGCUAUGGUUGCAUUUGGUUCAGGGAUUCCCAAACUGGGUGGGGUCCUGCUGUGCCUUGAAAGGGAUGGGGAAGAUAUUUGAUUCAGAUUACGUUUUACGGUAAACUUAAAGAAUUCUCAUUUCCCAAAGCCACACACAAACCGAAACACAGUUGUCCCUCAAAAUUCUCACUUCUGCAAAUUUUGCAAUUCAGUUCUCCAACCAUGCGACGCGUAUAAAGAGGUAUAUGCAAAGUGGGCAUAUAUAUCUCUUUGUGUGUGUCCCAACUUUUCAUAUCAAGUGGGCCACAAGGGUACUUUGACAUGAAGCCUGUGGGCCUCACACUGCCUUGUCGUGCAAAUGGGGGGGAACAAGGCCAACAUUUGACCCCCUGUCAGCCCUCAUUCUACCUUCCCAAAGCUGAGUAAGCAAGAUGCUGGCUUUGGGAAGGAGGUGGGAGGACUCUAGGACCCCAUCAGAGCCCUUGUGCCUCCUUCUCAAAGCCCACUGCCUUGCUUACCUGGCUUUGGGAAGGCAGUGCAAGGGCUGUGGGGGAACAUCAAAUGUUGCUGAGGGCUGCCAUAAAAGACCAUGAAAGCUUGAGAGAAAGACCACAGUGGACCACCUGGGUGUGCGCGUGCGCGCGCGCAUCUAUUAGUGAAAACAACAUGGGAAAAUGUAGUAUAUAAAGGGAAGUUGUUUUGCAAAAUGUGCAUUAGGCAAAAUUGCAGACAAAUAUGUGCAUUUUGGAGAGAUUCACACUAAAAUGGGUUAUGAAUUUUCAUGAGGACUGAUGUAAAAAAUGUGAAGAACUGAGCUUGGAAAGAAUGAGAAACUGAGAGAAAUUAAAACUGACACAUUCACCUAUA